GCCUCAGCCCCUUCACUUCCUUGUUCCUUUACUGGAAAGGCUAAAGAGGCCCUGCUGCGUUAUUCGGAGUAAACAACGAAGUGAAAAGUUUGAGGAAAAGUCCUUCUGAAAUGUCUAUGGACCCAGAGAUUGAUGCGCAAUGGAAGAAAAUACAAGAGAAAACCUUCACCCGAUGGGUAAACGAGCAGCUUAAAGUGCAGAAAGUUGCGGUCAAGAGCCUCUCCACGGAUUUCGGUGAUGGGGUCCUCCUGAUUGUACUGCUGGAGGUAUUGUCACAGAAGAGCGUAGGGAAAUAUAACAAGAAGCCACGGGUCCACGCGCAAAAAAUGGAAAACCUGGAGAAAGUUCUGAAUUUCAUUGGCUCAGAGGGAAUCAAGCUUGUCAACAUUGGCAGUGGUGAUAUUAUCGAAGGUAAUCUUAAGCUCAUUCUUGGUCUUGUUUGGACCCUAAUCCUCCAUUACCAAAUCAGCAUGGGAUUUAAUAUUGACGAUGAUGACGAUGGCGGCCAAAAGAAAAGUGGAAAACAAGCACUGCUGGAGUACAUACAGAAAAAAAUUCCACAAAAGAAUAUCAAGAAUUUCACGUCCGACUGGAAUGACGGGACGGCUAUUGCAGCUUUGGUUGAUGCUCAUGCUCCAGGCCUCUGCCCUGAUGCUGAUACAAUGGAUCCUAACAAUUCACUCCAAAACGCAAGCCGUGCUAUGCAGUUGGCUGACGACUGGCUUGGUAUUCCACAGGUGCUUGGACCAGAGGACAUGACUAAUCCUCAUGUUGAUGAGUUGAGUAUGAUGACAUAUCUUUCACAGUUUCCUGAUGCUGAGCUCAAGGAAGGGGCACCAAUUGGAGCCAGUGCUGCUCCACCCACUGAUAUUACAAAGGUCAAGGUUGAUGGCCCUGGAGUAACUGGUAAUGGGGCACAGACAGGAAAACCAGCUCCAAUCAAUGUUGAUUGUGGUGAGUCUGGUGUUGCUCCUAUAUCUGCCAUAGUGACUGGACCUGAUGGACAACCUAAGGAGAUCGACUUUGAGCCCAGUUCUAAAGGCUCUGAUAAGUUCAAUGGGUCUUACGUCCCUGAUGCUCCUGGAGUCUACAACGUUGAAGUAAAGUUUGAUGGUGAGCCUUUACCAAGUGGUCCGUUCCAAGUUGCCAUUGGUGAUCCCAGUGCAGUGCGUCUUGAUGGUGAUGGCUUAGAGCGUGCCUUUGUUGGAAAGGAUCACGACAACAUUAUUGAUGUUUAUACAGAGAAUGCCGGCCCUGGAGAUAUUGCUGUCGAUUUUAAGAGUCCACCAGGCGCAGGCCCUGUUGAAUAUGACGUUAAGAAAAUAGAUGAUAACCAUCACCAGAUCUGCUACCACGUUGAUCAAGGUCCAGGUGACUAUGAAGCUAAUGUUCUUUAUAACGGUGUUCCAGUUGAAGACAAGCCUCGUGUAAUACCUUCUAUUGAUCUUGAUAAAGUUAUCGUAAAAGGUCCUGGUAUCGAAUCAGGAAAUCCUGCUAAAUCUAAAACCACAUUUGAUGUUGAUGCACGUAGAGCCGGCGAUGCUGAUAUGAAAGUAUCUAUAACUGAUCCUGAUAAUGAGGAGGUACCUUUUGAGAUCACGCCACUGGCAAAGAAUGCAUACCGAGUUACUUACACUCCAGUGAAGGAAGGCAAUCACACUGUUGACGUCCAAUACGCAGACAAGGAGCUAAAGGAUUCACCUUAUAAAGUCCUCAUUGAUGAGCCAGGGUAUGUCAAGUGUAGUGGAGAUGGUUUACACCACGCUAUCGCUAACGAGCCAGCUCAUUUUGUCGUUGAUGCCACUAAAGCUGGGGAAGGCCAACUUGGCCUUCAAAUGGAGGGGCCCGCUGAGGUUGCUGAUGUGCAGUGUGAGCCAGGGCCUGAACCAGGAAUGUUUAAUGUCACAUAUAAAGCACCAAGGCCUGGAUCUUAUAAGAUCAACGUUAAGUUCAAUGAUGAGCCAGUCCCUGGGGCACCUUUUGAAGUGAGUGUUGACAGUGGAAGAGGUGAUCCUGAUGCUUCAAAAUGUCUCGUUACUGGUAUUGAUAAGCCUGGCUCAUUUGAAGUUGAUUGCAAGAAUGCAGGUGGUACAGGCCACCUUGAAGUAGGCGUGUCUGGUGCUUAUGUUCCUGCUGAUUAUAUUGCUGUUAAGCAUAAUGGUGAUUACACAUUCAGUGUCUCGUAUCAUAUAUCUGAUCCUGGUGAGACAACAAUUACUGUCAAGUGGCAUGGCAAAGAUUUAGAAGGAAGUCCUUUCAUCAUCCAAACAAAAUAGACUGGGUCUCUCGUGACAAUAAUACAAUCUAUAUCAUUCCUUGAAUCAUUAGCUUUGUUAGUUUUUAGAAUUUUUAUGUUAGAUAAUUUUAGUGGUUUUUGUUCUUUCAAUUUUUAAAUAAUGAUUGACUAGUCUUUACUUUA